AUGUCCUAAGAUAAUAAAUAAGAUUAAGAUUUAUCAAACUUAACUCUCGCUGAAUUAUAAAAGAUAUAAGAGGAAAAAAAGUUAGAUAAGCUUUUAGACUAAGAACACCUAAAUAGACAAAAGAAAUCAAUUCAUAAUGAGAAAAAUAUAAUAAAAAAUGAGGAGUCAUAGCAAACUAUCAAAUUAUCCUCAGAUGAUCCUGCUGAAUUGUAUGAGAAGUUAAAGCAGAAAUGGGGACUUGAAGAGAAAUAGAAACCGCAAGAUGGAAUAAGUGCAGAAUAAACAAAGAGCAAACUUGAGGUGUUAUUAGAAGAGAGAAGGAAUAGAAAACCACCGAAACUGUAAUAAAUUCAGAAUGAUUACAUGCAACAAAUACAGGAUGAAAAAGUGGUUGAUUCUGUUUAUAGUAAGGAAGGACCUAUGCCGAAAACUAUUUAAUAAAUGCUGACAGAGUAUUAGGGAAUAAAAGGAGCUGUUAAUAUUGGGUAGGAGUGGACUGAUAUUAUUCAAUAAGGUGUGAAGACAAAUCUAAGGAAUCAAGAAUAAGCUGCAAAUAAUUACUUUUGGUUGAUGGCAAAGAAAGGACGUUUAGGAGUGGAUGGAUUUGCAAUAGCUUUUGGAAUAUUUGGAAUAAUCCUUCUCCCGAUUUAUUUUUAUCAGAGAUAAAAUCGAAGGAGAGGAGCCUACAAGUAGGAAAUCAAGAUAGUCUCUGGAGUGAAAGACUGGGAGAAUUCUACUCUAGAUAUCGAUGAUGUUUCAGUGUAACAAACAUAUUAUACUUUGUUUUCUGAUGAGAUAUAAGAAUUAAUGAAAAAGAAGAUGCUAGUUUAAUAAUAGAUCAGCAAGCUAUUGGGAAGAGAAAAAUGAUAAAUAUCAGAUUUAUUUUACAUUAGAUG